GUUUGUCUUUUUGUCAUGUCAUGUCAUGUUGCUGCUUUUUAUGCACAUGGCGAAAAGCAACUAAAGCAAAAGUGCAAAUCUAUAUCAUAUUCUCUUGUUUAAAUUGUUUCUACUACUUGCAAGGAAUGUGAUAAUCUUUCUUCAAUUUUCACAACAAUCUAAUCAUCACAUGGUCCUUCUGCAUCAAUCCAUCACCGACGCCAAUCAUGCUCAUAGCAAGAUUCACGCAAAUCAACGACCCCAAACAGCACCAUGGAGAUCAACCCCGACAAACAGUUUUAUCCGUCUCGGCUAUCAAGCGCUCCAAUUAGCAGUAAGAAACAGCCAGCAGCACCCCGCGUCGUGCCGGGAAAUCGGGUUAAAUCAAUCCUGGCAGGGCCUUACCCCGCCAGCACCUCCAAUGCCCAUGGACCGCUUAUGGCCUGAUAUUGUUGUGAAAUGUCAAUGAAUUGCUGUCGUUGGGGUGUCAUUGAAACCUCAAUUUGAGGUAUCUGACAGCUUUGACCGUCCAUUACGCAGCCUAGAGUUGAUACUCGUAAUUCACAGUCAAGUCAAGUCCCCAAAACAUACAAAAUGGCCACAUUUACUCGACAAUCGGACGACGAUGAACCGGCAAUCUUUGUCAACCCGGCUCACAAGAUUGCCAAAAUCGAGGACAACACAUAUGGCGGUUUUACAGAGCACAUGGGACGCUGCAUCUAUGGUGGAAUCUACGACCCUGGCAACUCCCUAUCCGACCAGCAUGGCUUCCGUACCGACGUGAUAGAGGCAUUCAAGGAGCUCAACUGCCCCGUGGUUCGAUACCCCGGGGGCAACUUUGUGGCCACCUACCACUGGCAGGAAGGUAUCGGGCCAAAGGAAAAGCGCCCAAAGAAGCUCGAGCUGGCCUGGAAAGGCAUCGAAUCAAACGAGUUUGGAACAGACGAGUUUAUGAAAUGGUGCGAAAUUGUGGGGACGGAGCCUUAUAUUGCGCUCAACUUUGGCACUGGGACGCUGGACGAAGCUAUGGGAUGGCUUGAGUACUGCAACUCGAGUGCCGACAGCCAUUAUGCCAACCUUCGUAGGCAAAAUGGGCGAGACAAGCCAUAUAAUGUCAAAUAUUGGGCGCUGGGAAACGAGUGCUACGGCGACUGGCAGGUCGCACAGAUGAACAAGGAAGACUAUGCCAAAAAGGCAUGGCAGUGGGCCAAGGCGCUCAAGCUCAUCGACCCGACGAUCCAGCUCAUCCUCUGCGGCGAGAACGGGCACUCGACCUGGGACUACUACGUGACGCACGAGUGCAUCUCGCCGUCCUUCUCGGUGCUCAAGGGCAGCGCGACGCUCAUCGACAUGCACAGCAUCCACAUCUACACGGCCUCGGCGGAGCACCUCGAGAACGCCACGGCGCCCCGGUCGGCGGAGCGCGCCAUCGAGAUCACGUUGUCCCUCAUCGACCUCGCGCGCAUCGAGAACAAGGUGCCGCCGAGCAUACCCCGGCAAAAGAUCUGCUUCGACGAGUGGAACGUCUGGGAUCCGGAGCGGGCGCUGGGCCACGAGGGCGCCGAGGAAAAGUACACGCUGUCCGACGCGCUCGCCGUCGCCGUCUGGCUCAACGUCUUUGUCCGCCAGGCCGAGCACCUCGGCAUGGCCAACAUUGCCCAGUCGGUCAACGUCAUCUCGCCGCUCAUGACGACCAGCACCGGCGUCUACAAGCAGACCACCUGGUGGCCCCUCUUGCUGUUCAGCAGGCACAUGCGCGGGCACACCGUCGCCGUCCACGUGCAGAGCGGCGAGUACGACGGCCCGACCAAGCCCGUGUGGAUCAGGGGCACCAUCGAGACGCCGUGGCUCGACGUCAGCGCGUCCGUCAACGCCGACGGCGUCGUUUCGCUCGUCGUUGUCAACAUCCACGAGCACAAGAGCUUCUCCACCCGACUGCACGGAGUGAAACCGGCCGAGGGCGGGCACGUCGAGGUGUACACCGUCACCGGGCCGAAUGUGAAAAGUCGCAACACUGAAGAGAGGCAGGAGGUGGGCAUCACUGAGAGCAAGUGGGACGGAAAGGGUCCAUAUGAGUUCCCAAAGGCUUCGAUGACUAUGCUUCGCUGGAAGCCGUAGCUGCUGCGAGAGCCGUUAAGACUUGUGGACAUGUAAGCUUGUGGGCAGCUUAUCUGGUAAUUGUUUCCAUCCAUGUGGCAGGUUGGUCCGAGUAUAGGUAGCUUUGCGACUUGUGGAUUUUAGAUGUGAUUACGUUCAGUUACCCUCCUGGUACAUGGUCUCUAAUCCCAGCAUCUUGGUACAUCCUGCAAUAGAUGCAUUUCAGAGAUCUCCAACGAUGAAUGCU